CGCGGGCCCGGGCGGAAGCGGAAGUGGGGGGGCGGGCUCGCGGCGGGGCCGGGUGUGGGGCCUGGACGCUGCCGCCGCCGCCAUGGCAGCUGCCCUGGACCUGAGGUCGAAGGAGGAGAAGGACGCGGAGCUGGACAAACGCAUCGAGGCGCUGCGCAAGAAGAACGAGGCUCUGAUCAAACGUUACCAGGAGAUCGAGGAGGACAGGAAGAGGGCAGAAGAGGAGGGGGUGGCUGUGACAGCGCUGCGCCGGGCACGACCAGCCCCUGACACCAAACAGGACAAGAGAUGGGUGGGCAAGAACCUGGCUGUGACUGUCCAGCUUGUGCCUUCCCCUGGGGAGAAGCGUGUGGCCAAGGAGAAGAAGCACUUGGGGACCCCCAAAGCAGCUCAUGGCCACUCCCCUCGUGGCUCAGGGUACCCCAAACAUCCCCCACGAGGGGAUGAGCCCCCAGAGCCCUUUUUAGGGGUGAGCCCAGGGGAACGUGGGGGCCGUGGCCAGCGGCAGCAGAGCCGAGGCUUCGGCACCACGGCGCCGGCGGCUGAGAGUGGCCCAGACAGAAAGUCCAAGAAGGAGCUGUUUUGUCCUCCCCAGGAGUGGGAAGAGAGAAGGAGGCAGAACAUUGAGAAGAUGAACGAGGAGAUGGAGAAGAUCGCGGAGUAUGAGAAGAACCAAAGGGAUGGGCUCCACGAGAAGAACCCCGUGAGGAACUUCUUGGAUGACCCAAGUCGCUCGGGACCCGUCGCCGCUGCCCAACGGCGCCAGGGGAGUCGCCGCCACGGCCGCAACUGGGGGGGACCCGACUUUGCCAAGGUCAAAACUGGCCUGGAAAGGGAUCAAACCUGGCAGGGCCAAGGACGUCGCUGCAAAGCCAAAGCUGGGGUGGGAUCUUUGGACAUGACACUGUCCAUGACUGGUAGAGAAAGAGCUGAAUACAUGAGGUGGAAGAAAGAAAGAGAAGAGAUUGACCAGGAGAGGUUGGCAAGACACAGAAAACCCGGCGGGGAGUGGCGAAGGGAGUGGGACGCCGAGAAACCCGACAGCAUGUUCAAAGAAGGUUUUGUGCCCCCUCCCAGCCUGGAGACGAGGGGGGAGGAUGAAAGCAGGCGCCCUCCCCCCAAACCUUUGACUUUUGGGGAGUUUCUCGCUCCUCAUCGUGGCCAGAGAAGGAAACGAGGCCGUGGGCACAGCCAGGGCUCAGGGCCCAAAGCCUAUAGCAUGCAUGAUGACCGGUGGGAGCAGGAGAAGGAGGCAGCAGAAGGAGCUCAGGGGCAGAAGGUGGAGGAAGCAACAGGCAGAGCCAUCACAGAGCCCCCUCCCUCCCCCAGCAGCCCUGAGGAGGAUGAGGAUCAGUGGGAGGAUGUGAGUGAGGAGGAAGAAGAAGAAGAAGAGGAAGAGGAGGAGGAAGAGGAAGAAGGUGGCAGCCCCAACUCAUGGAGCCAGGCUGGAGCACCCCUCAGUGCGUCCCCCAAAGCCCCCAAAGCCAGGCAGGCUCCAAGUCCCAAAGCUGAGGGGGGAAAGGGGGGGGGUCCCAAGAGUCCCCCCAGCCCCUUUUCCCCCCUGGGGGGUCACCAGCCUGUCUGGGACUGGGGUGAGGAGAUGGAGCUGGGGGACAGUCCCCUGGCAGGUGCCACUGUCCCCAGAGCCAGAGGGGCCUCUGCAGAGACUCCAGGGUUGAGCCCUGUGGAGGUUGCUGAGACCCCCAAGAAGGGGCAAAGCCCCCCAGAGCCCACCCAAGGGGAAGAGCUGAGGCCAAGCACGGAGCAAGAAGCGUUGGAGAAGGUUGAGGAGGUGGCUCAGAGCCCAGCAGAGGACACAGAACCAGGACCCUCAGCCCCAGCCCAAGCCUCCCACCCCCCCUCAGACGGGGCCCCAGGCUCCGUGGAGAUCAGCAGCUUCCAGCGGGCUCCUGCUGACCCCCCACGAAAGCUCCUCGGAUCUGUCGCCUCUCUUCCCUGUUUGGAACCAGCAGACGGCCAGCGCUGGGCUCCCACCGUCCCUCCGUCACCCGGCUCCCUCCCGCUCUGACCGUUGCUGUGAGCUGCCAGGACCAAAGCUGGGGAGGGUUGGCCAUCACCCUUCCUCAUGCUGGAGGGAGAGAAGAGAGGGAGGG